CAAGGAUUUGGGACACACUUUGAACCUUUAAGCUCUCUGACAUUGACCUUCUUUCAUUAUUAACAAGAAGAAGCAGGAGCUUAGGAUGUAUUAACAACAGCUCAUUAAUGUACUAACUGGACAAUGUUCUGCAAACAAUUCUGCUUUGUAAAGAACUGGAUUGGCACAAAAUAAAAUCAUUUUAAUUUGUAUUCAGCUUAUAAUAUGUCUCAAUGGAGGAAAAUUUGAUAAACGUGAGGGAAGACCAUUCUUUUCAUGUUCGUUACAGAAUGGAAGCUUCUUGCCUAGAGCUGGCCUUGGAAGGGGAACGUCUGUGUAAAUCAGGAGACUGUCGAGCUGGUGUUUCCUUCUUUGAAGCCGCAGUUCAAGUUGGAACCGAAGACCUAAAAACACUUAGUGCUAUUUACAGCCAAUUGGGCAAUGCUUAUUUCUAUUUGCAUGAUUAUGCCAAAGCCUUAGAAUACCAUCAUCAUGAUUUAACUCUUGCAAGGACUAUAGGUGACCAGUUGGGGGAAGCCAAAGCUAGUGGUAAUCUAGGAAACACCCUAAAAGUUCUUGGGAAUUUUGAUGAAGCAGUUGUCUGUUGCCAGCGACACCUAGAUAUUUCCAGAGAGCUUAAUGACAAGGUGGGAGAAGCAAGAGCUCUAUACAAUCUUGGGAAUGUGUAUCAUGCCAAAGGGAAAAGUUUUGGCUGCCCUGAUCCUCAAGAUGUCGGAGAAUUUCCUGAAGAAGUGAGGAGCGCCCUGCAAGCAGCUGUGGACUAUUAUGAGGAAAACUUGUCAUUAGUGACUGCACUGGGGGACCGAGCGGCCCAAGGACGUGCCUUUGGAAAUCUUGGGAACACACAUUACCUCCUGGGUAACUUCAGGGAUGCUGUCAUAGCUCAUGAGCAGCGUCUCCUUAUUGCAAAAGAAUUCGGAGAUAAAGCCGCUGAGCGAAGAGCAUAUAGCAACCUUGGAAAUGCAUAUAUAUUUCUUGGUGAAUUUGAAACUGCCUCCGAAUACUACAAGAAGACACUGCUGUUGGCUCGACAGCUCAAAGACAGGGCAGUGGAAGCUCAGUCUUGUUACAGUCUCGGAAACACACACACCUUACUUCAAGAUUAUGACAAGGCCAUUGACUAUCAUCUGAAGCACUUAGCAAUUGCUCAGGAGUUAAACGAUAGAAUUGGUGAAGGUCGAGCAUGUUGGAGCUUAGGAAAUGCGUACACAGCUCUAGGAAAUCAUGAUCGAGCAAUGCAUUUUGCAGAAAAGCACUUGGAAAUUUCAAGAGAGGUGGGGGAUAGAAGUGGUGAGCUAACAGCACGCCUGAACCUCUCAGACCUUCAGAUGGUUCUUGGUCUGAGCUACAGCACAAAUAAUUCAAUGAUGUCUGAAAAUAUUGAAAUCGAUAACAGUUUGCAUGGUGCCCGUCCCAAGUUUGGACGCCGACACAGCAUGGAAAACAUGGAACUAAUGAAGUUAACACCAGAAAAGGUGCAGAACUGGAAUAGUGAAAUUCUUGUUAAACAAAAACCACUUAUUGCCAAGCCUUCUGCAAAGCUACUGUUUGUUAACAGAUUGAAGGGGAAAAAGUACAAGACUAAUUCCUCAGCUAAAGUACUCCAAGAUGCCAGUAAUUCCAUUGAUCACCGAAUUCCAAAUCCUCACAGGAAAAUCAGUGCAGACACCAUUGGAGAUGAAGGGUUCUUUGACCUUUUAAGUCGAUUUCAAAGCAAUCGGAUGGAUGAUCAGAGGUGCUGCUUACAGGAAAAGAACCAUGUAAAAGCAUCAACCACAGCUUCUUCCACUCCUCACAAAAUAAUGCGAAAAACACCAUCUGUGGCAUCCCCAAACACAGAUGAGUUUUUAGAUCUUCUUGCAAGUUCCCAGAGCCGCCGUCUGGAUGACCAAAGGGCCAGUUUCAAUGACCUGCCUGGCCUUCGUUUGCCACAAACCAACAGUCGGUCAGUUCUUGGUCACCUGAUCACAAAUGACAACAAAGAACCUGAUGACGAUUUCUUUGACAUCCUUGUAAAAUGUCAAGGUUCCAGAUUAGAUGAUCAAAGAUGUGCUCCACCACCUGCUACCACAAAAGGACAAACAGUACCGGAUGAGGACUUUUUUAGCCUUAUUUUACGGUCUCAGGCAAAAAGAAUGGAUGAACAGAGAGUUCUUUUACAAAGAGAUCAAAACAGAGACAAUGAAUUUGGACUGAAGGACCUUCUGCAACGAAAUGCUUUGUUGGAACUUAACAAGUCUGAAAAAAAAUAAUCAGACCAUUAUAGUUUUGGGGGUUUUUUGGGCCACACCCAGUGGUGCUCAGGGGUUACUCCUGGCUUUGUGCUCAGAAAACACUCCUGUCAGGCUUGGAGGACCAUAUGGAAUGCCGGUAAUCGAUCCCGGGUCUGUCCCGGGUAGGUCACAUGCAAGGCAAACGCCUUACUGCUGUGCUAUCUUUCCAGCCCCACUUUGGAUAUUUAGCUAUGUAGUAUGUAUAUUUUUUAAAAAGCACCUUCCUUCCUGAACACUUCAAGGAAAUUCAGUCUUUUUCCUUAAGAAAAAAAAAAUUAUAGCACUGUCAGUGGAGCUUGGAAUACUUUCAGCAUAUUGUCAAAAUUUAGCCAUGUACUACUCCUAUACUGGUCAGUUUAGGAUUCAGAAACAAUUCAGAGGGGAGCUAUCUUCUAAGGUGCUUCAUCCACUUGUGAUAUCUGCUGAGACCAUGUGCUCUGGCAACUUGGUAGGCUCCUUUAGUGUGUCUAAAGGAAGACUUUAAAUGAAUCCUCUUGCUGAGUUAUGUUUAAGUCUAUAUACUUUUCCAUGUAGUAAGAAACCAAUUACUUGACAAUAUGUAAAUGUUACACAAGGGUAGCUUGUAAGACCUAAUUUUAUCUUUAGGCCAAAGGCACCAUAAAAAAAAAAGCUCUUAAAAUUUCUUUUAGUGUGUUAAUAAAAAUAUGGUUUAAAAUGGUAUUUUGUUG